AAACCCCGCCUAUCCUAGUUGGAGCACACGCCCUCAUCUUGUUGUGGUUAUGCUUUGUUAGCCAGCUACCGUUGUUAGCUAGCUAACUAUCAUUGGUUAUCACUGGGAAAGACGCAUCUAGCCAUCUGUUUUGUGUCUUAACAAAUUGCCAUACUUACUAUUGAAGAUGAAUAAGACAGCCGUUUGAUUCGAAGGAUAUCCCUUCUCUCAAUUCAUAGGUAACUUUAAGUAACAUAGCUAGCUAACGUUAGCUACUAUAAGCACUGCAGUUUGCUAGCAAUAAUGGUAGUUAAAUCUGGACAUCUAGCGUUAUUCGCCUGCUAUCGGUAGCAUCUAGCUAGUUAAUGUUAUUGCGUAUUUCAAGUAAUAUUCACUAACCUUGUGUCUGACAUUCGCUAAGUAGCUAGUUAGUUAUCCCAUCCCAUAGAUGAAUGCAGCUAGCUUAUAUUAUGUUUUAUUGGUAACCUUGUUGCGCUAACGUUGCUAGCUAGCCAUCAUUGUUUACAUUUGAGUCAAGGUUACUUCGUUUAUACAACAUCUACUGUAGCUAUGCAAUAAUAUUGGCCUGACUACGAACUUAGUCAUAUGCCACCACUAAUGACACAGCCAGGCAGCCAGCUCCCUUUGUCAGCAGUGGAAAACUUACCUAGCAAACCUGUUGACAACAAUGCAUAACCAUAUUUGAUCUUGUCCUAUAGGAUGACACGGAAGUGUACUGCGGCUCCGGGGAGAUGACCUGCACCCCCCUAGGGCAUGGUCAGGAUGGGGCCAGAUGUGCCCCUGCUCAAUGAAUACAAGCAGGAGUUCUUCUGGAAGCGCUUCCCUCAGACGGUGCUGGGGGGUCCGCGCUUCAAGUUGGGCUACUGCGCCCCGCCUUAUGUCUAUGUCAACCAGGUGGUCUUGUUCUUGACACCAUGGCUGUUAGGUGGCAUUGGCACACUGCUGUGCCAGCUGCAGCUGCUGGAGGAACUCCAUGCUGCCAUGCUCUCUGGUCUGCUCAUGCUUGGGGCAGCAGUGGGUGUGCAGGCCCUGGCACUAUAUGCUGCCCGCAGGAAUGCCAUGGUGGAGCGCCUGGGAGUGCCCAACAUCCUGGCUGAUGAGGAGGAGGUGGAGUUCACCCACUGUGUAGGCCCAGAGACGGUGAGGUUCAUCGCCCCGGGGAAGAGGUUUGGACUGAAUGUGGUGCUUCACACCUUGCUGGCAGGGGCCCUCUGUGGCCUGGGGACAUGGUAUGUGCUCCUGGGCAGGUUGACUGCACUGUAUGGCAGUGUGGGUGUAGCCUUGGUGGUAUUUGUCCUGAGCUGGGUGACUCUGUGUACAGCGGAGUACUCCCUUAUCGUUAACACGGCCACAGAGACGGCCACAUUCCAGGCACAGGACACCUAUGAGAUCACCCCACUCACCCGACCACUCUACAUAUUAGCUUUCAUAGCUGUGGACCUAGCUGAUCGAUUUACAGGUCCAGUGCCAGAGCUCCAGCUAACCAGUCAGGUGCUUCAUGUGGUCUUCCUGGUCCUGCCCCUGCUGUGGGCGCUGGGUAUGUUGUCACCACUGGACGCCCUCCUCCUUUGGGGCAUGGAACAGGCUCUGGUGUUCGGUUUGGGCGGCUCUCCCAUGUCCAGUAACCUUAGAUUGCUGGGGAUGUUCGCCAUGUCUGUAUGUGUUACUGUUUGUACCUUCUUCAUCCCGUCCACCUUGGGUGUAGUCCUCUUCUCGAUGGCCAUGGGGUUUCUGCUUAGUUUGGAUCUCAGCCAGUUUGGGACUUAUUGUGGAGGAGGGUCCAGGGGAGCCUGUGGUGAUAGUGGAUGGCAUAGGGGGGCAUCGCCUGCCCCUCCCAGCUUGUUUGGCUGGCGGCUGGGCUGCAGUGAGCUGCUGCUCUACCUGGGGCUGCUGCUGGGGGCCAUGACUGAGGCAGGACUCUUACAUCACUUCCUCAGUCCCUCCCAGACCCAGAACUUGGCCAGGGUUUCUCAAGAUGCUGUCAGCUACCUCCUCAUCGCCCUUUUCAUCAUCUGCUGGGCUCUCCGAGAGAUCCAGGGAGCCUAUGUUUUUGGAGGAGUGUUCCUCAACCCCCUGUACCCAAGAGGAAUGGCCAAUGUCCGGGUGUUCAAGCAGCGGAGCAGGGGUCUCCACAUGGCUGGGGCUAUCAGGAGGGUGCUGCUCAAUCUGGUGUCUCCCUUUGCAAUGGUUGCUUUCCUGGCUCUGGAUGGCUCUAUUCAGCAGCUCCACACAGCCUCUCUCAGCGUGGGAUUCACCCGGGCCUUCAGAGUGGUGUGGCAGAGCUCUGAAGAUGCCCUGCUCCAGAUGGUGGUGGUGGUGUCAGUGAGGCUGGCUGCAGGGGACACCAGACUGCCUGGGUGGGACAGCCUGGGCACAGGGGUCCAGCUCCUUCUAGUGGGCCUGCUGAGUGAUAGGCUGCUCCAGUUCCUGUCCAAGCUGAAGUUUGCCCUGGCCGUGCUGGUGACCUCCUGGACAGAGAAGAAACAGCGGCGCCAGUCGGCCGGGACCCUCCUGGUCCUGAACGCCUCCCUGUGUCCUCUGCUGCUCUCUGUGGUGGUCCUGUCAGCCAUGCUCUCUGCUCCUCUGCUGCCCCUUUUCACCCUGCCCAUCUUUCUGGUGGGCUUCCCCAGGCCUCAGCGCAGUUGGCCUGGGCCCGUGGGCACUGCCUGCCCCUGUCCAGACUCCAUCUACUACCAGCAGAUGAGUGGGAGCCUGGCCUGUGCUCUGAGGAGUGCCUUUGCCAGAGGAUCACUUGGUGCUCUGACUCCUGGCUCCCACUUCCUGGGUCGCUUCCAGGACCGUGUGGUUUGGAUCAUGAUUUUAGAGAGAGGAUAUGGCUACUGUACUGUCAACAUCAAGGGUCUGGAGCUGCAGGAGACCUCGUGCCACACGGUGGAGGCUCGGAGGGUGGAUGAGGUGUUUGAGGGGGCCUUUGAGCGCCCUGAGCGGCUUGGCCUCAACCAGGGGAUAAACCUGCACUGGGGAAACGCCCUCACCCCAUGUGCUGCCCUGCCUGUGCGCGUCUACUCCGACGCCCGCAAUGUACUUUCGGGCAUCAUUGACUCGCAUGACAACCUGAGGAAGCUCCAGGAUGACUUCCUGAAGGCCCUGGUGUGGCUGCUGCUGAGGAAUUGUGUCCAGAGACUAAAGGCAUUUCCCUGGGGCACUGAGGCGGGGACAGGGGGCGGGGGCACGAAGUCUCAGUCCUCCCAGCUUGGCCAAUCGACUGUCACCCAGCCUGCAGAGGCUAUCAUGGUGGAGUCCAACAUCUCCUCUCUCAAGUUUAGACGGGACAGCUCCAGUUUGACCUCCUUUGGUGACUGGUCAGAUGAGGAUGACCUGUUUGGGCCUCAGCCAGCCAGGCGGACAGUGGCGUUGGUAAGUACGGAGGCCCAGCUGGGGGAGACAGUGCUCCAGACAGGCCCCUCACUGCCAGGCUCUGUGGAGAUGGACAGUCUGUUUGAGAACAUGGCCCUCUCUGCCCUUCAGCCCUUGCAACCUCUGGGUUUGGGUCUGGGUCUGCCAGCUGUGGACAAAGGCAGGAACCCUGAAGUCCCCCACACAAAGUCCUCCGGCACCAUGGCCCAUGAAAACUUCAGUUGCCCCCACUCUGAGUUGUUCAGCCUGCCCCCUGGGUGGAGGACAGCCCCCUUGUUACCAUUCCGAUUACAGCAGCUCACGCCUUUGUUCCCUGAGGAGUGGUUUCGGUUCACUUUGGGAAGGUUGGCGCUGGCCGUUCAGGACGAGGCUUCGGAGGAUGUGGCCAAAUCCCUGAAGGAGGAUGGGGGGCUGAGGGACCUCCAUGCCCAGGUGGCCCUGUCAUGCCUCAUCUCCCUGGGGGCAGAGUCUGCCUUCACCAGCCCCAGCUAUGUGUACAGGGUGUACAGUGGGGACGUGCCUUGGACAGAGGGGCUGAAGUGGCUUUCUGAAAACAAAGAACUUUACCAGCUUGCACUUAAGGCUUUCAGGUACAGUUUCAAGCUUCUGUUUGAUCAGGCGAGUUUGGGGCCCAUGGAGAGUCUUGAUGAGCUGUUCAGCACCCUGGAGGAGUAUGAGAGGGACUGGUACAUUGGCCUGGUGGCUGAGAAAGGCUGGCAGGACAGUGUCCUACAGGAGAAACCUUUCCUCUUCUCACUGGGCCAUGACCUCACCAUGGGAACUUACACAGGGCGGGUUCUGUCCCUGCAGGAGCAGCUGGUUCAGGUAGGCCAUCUGAACGGGGAGGGGGUGCGUGGCCAGUGGGCUAACCUGUCCUGGGAGCUGCUCUACGCCACCAACGACGACGAGGAGCGCUACAGCAUCCAGGCCCACCCCAUCAUGCUGAGAAACCUCACUGUCCAGGCAGCCGACCCCCCUCUGGGGUACCCCAUCUACUCCUCUGUCCCCCUGCACCUCCCCUGCUUCUAACACCCAAACCUUGUCCUCUCCCUGGGACCUUCAGACUCUCCUCUGCUGGCCUCCUAUAAACACCCCGUCUCUGGUUUGCCCAGCUUUAUCACUGGGUAGGCCCUAUGUUGUGGCCUGUAUGUGUAACCCGUCUAUUUCACUAGGGUAUCCUAGGAGGGCACCUAUAAGGCAGAUCCAAACAAAUGGUUUCAUUCAUGCAGGAGCGACAGCACAAUACUUAUGUUCAAAAUAUUUACGUAACUUUUACCAAAUGUGUGGUACUAGUUCAAACAAUGAAAUGUGAGUGUUCUGGGAAAAAUCUAUAUUUACAAGGGAUACGUUUGUUCAGAGGUUUUUUUAUCAUUCACAUACUCUUGAACAAAGAGUUAUCACUUGUCAAUUAAAUGUUUUCUUUUUGUACUGUAACGUUAGUUGCAAAUGUUUUUGUGGAGUUUGUUUUUAUCCAACUUAUCCGUUGUACUUAAAGUGAUCAGAUACAACCACCUUCCGCAGAAGAAGACCGCCAACACAGUGCUCCCAAUUACAUGAUGAACUUAUCUUACAAAUGUUUUCCCUCAAAUACUGUUCCCAAAGGCAAAAAGGGACAAUGAUUUUGCUUUUUUGAGGAUGUGCCUUGGGUUGGACUUUGCAGUCUUUGUAAUGUGGUUAGUAAUUUUUGAUGCCAUCCUUUUGUUUACAGUUCACUUGUUUACAGUUGAAGACAGUUGUAUUUGUCAUGUUCUCCUGUACAUACUGUUUUCGUAUACUGUGAUUUGUGUAUGGUGUGUAAUUGUACAUACAUAAAAUAGAUUUUUUCCCCCCAAAGGAACCUGAUAGUCUAUUUACUGGAGAUUUAUCAGUGCUAUAGACAUUCAUUACAGAUUUGUGGUUGGGCAUUACCUAAUUAUACUCCACCUUCCAAAAAAAUCUAUCUAUGACUAAUUAGAAUUAAGUUAAUUUUUCUGUCAUCACUAUUCUUCUGCUUUGUAAAUAGCGCUGCCAGCCUUUUAAAGCGUCCUAAAAAAUGUUCCCUUUCACCUAAAUAGAAGAGGCAAUUAACCCAUUUCCAUGUGGAGCUUAAGCAUUAGGAAUGCAACAACAUCAUUGAAGUCUACUUCAGGAAGUCUUGGGGUUUGAUUCCUGCUCCCAAGCAAAAAUGAAAGCAGGAAGCACCAGACCCCAAGGUCUAUUAAAAAAAUGGUCCGAUGAAGCAGAUGCUAAACUACAGGACUGUUUUGCUUUCAGACUGGAACAUGUUCCGGGAUUCUUCCGAUGACAUUGAGGAAUACACCACAUCAGUCACUGGCUUUAUCAAUAAGUGCAUUGAGGACGUCGUCCCACACAGUGACUGUACGUACAUACCCCAACCAGAAGCCAUGGAUUACAGGCAACAUUCGCAAUGACCUAAAGUGUAGAGCUGCCACUUUCAAGGUGCUUUCUAACCCGGAAGCUUACAAGAAAUCCCGCUAUGCCCUGCGACGAACCAUCAAACAGGCAAAGCGUCAAUACAGGGCUAAGAUUGAAUCAUACUACACAGGCUCCGACGCUCGUCGGAUGUGGCAGGACUUGCAAAUUAUUACAGACUACAAAGGGAAGCACAGCCGUGAGCUGCCCAGUGACACGAGCCUACCAGACAAGCUACAUCACUUCGAGGCAAUCAACACCGAGGCAUGCAUGAGAGCAUCAGCUCUUCCGGGCGACUGUGAUUACGCUCUCUGUAGCCGAUUUGAGUAAGAUCUUUAAACAGGUCAACAUUCACAAGGCUGCGGGGCCAGAUGGAUUACCAGGACGUGUACUCCGGGCAUGUGCUGACCAACUGGCAGGUGCCUUCACUGACAUUUUCAACAUGUCCCUGAUUGAGUCCGUAAUACCAACAUGCUUCAAGCAGACCAACAUAGUCCCUGUGCCCAAGAACACAAAGGCAACCUUCCUAAAUGACUACAGACCCGUAGCACUCACGUCCGUAGCCAUGAAGUGCUUUGAAAGGCUGGUCAUGGCUCACAUUAACACCAUUAUCCCAGAAACCCUAGACCCUCACCAAUUUGCAUACCGCCCAAACAGACCACAGAUGAUGCAAUUUCUAUUGCGCUCCACACUGCCCUUUCCCACCUGGACAAAAGGAAAACAUAUUCGAGAAUGCUAUUUAUUGACUACAGCUCAGUGUUCAACACCAUAGUACCCUCAAAGCUCAUCACUAAGCUAAGGAACCUGGGACUAAACACCUCCCUCUGCAACUGGAUCCUGGACUUCCUGACGGGCCGCUCCCAGGUGGUGAGUGUAGGUAGCAACAAAUCUGACACGCUGAUCCUCAACACUGGAGCUCCCCAGGGGUGCGUGCUCAGUCCCCUCCUGUACUCUCUGUUCACCCACGACUGCAUGGCCAGGCACGAUCAUUAAGUUUGCUGACGACACAACAGUGGUAGGCCUGAUCACCGACAACAACGAGACAGCCUAUAGGGAGGAGGUCAGAGACCUGGCCGAGUGGUGCCAGAAUAACAACCUAUCCCUCAACGUAACCAAGACUAAGGAGAUGAUUGUGGACUACAGGAAAAGGAGCACAGAGCACGUCCCCAUUCUCAUUUACGGGGCUGGAGUGGAGCAGGUUGAGAGCUUCAAAUUCCUUGGUGUCCACAUCACCAACCAACUAGAAUGUUCCAAACACACCAAGACAGUCAUGAAGAGGGCACGACAAUGCCUAUUCCCCCUCAGGUAACUAAAAUGAUUUGGCAUGGGUCCUGAGAUCCUCAAAAGGUUCUACAGCUGCAACAUCGAGAGCAUUCUGACCGGUUGCAUCACUGCCUAGUACGGCAAUUGCUCAGCCUCCGACCGCAAGGCACUUCAGAGGGUAGUGCGUACGGCCCAGUACAUCACUGGGGCAAAGCUGCCAGCCAUCCAGGACCUCUACACCAGGCGGUGUCAGAGGAAGGCCCUGAAAAUUGUCAAAGACCCCAGCCACCCCAGUCAUAAACUGUUCUCUCUACUACCGCAUGGCAAGCGGUACCGGAGUGCCAAGUCUAGGACAAAAAGGCUUCUCAACAGUUUUUACCCCCAAGCCAUAAGACUCCUGAACAGGUGACCAAAUGGUUACCCGGACUAUUUGCAUUGUGUGUCCCCCCAAGCCCUCUUUUACGCUGCUGCUACUCUGUUUAUCUUGUAUGCAUAGUCACUUUAACUAUACAUUCAUGUACAUACUACCUCAAUUAGCCCGACCAACCAGUGCUCCCGCACAGUGGCUAACCGGGCUAUCUGCAUUGUGUCCCACCACCCGCCAACUCCUCUUUUACGCUACUGCUACUCUCUGUUCAUCAUAUAUAUCACUUUAACCAUAACCACAUGUACAUACUACCUCAAUAAGGCUGACUAACCGGUGGCUGUAUAUAGCCUUGCUACUGUUAUUUUCAAAUGUCUUUUUACUGUUGUUUUAUUUCUUUACUUACACACACACACCUUUUUCUUUCACACUGUUGGUUAGAGCCUGUAAGUAAGCAUUUCACGUGACAAAUAAACUUUGAUUUGAAUUGUAAA